GGUGAGGCGCAGCCUAGGGGACUGGAGCGACUUCCUCCCCUCCCCUCGGUUGCACGUGGGGUGGCUGAUGUAAGAGCUUCCUUGGGGGCUUCCCUGCCCGCCGUGGAGCUGAGACCCCGGGGCCCAACCUCUGUGCCCGGACGCGGGUCUCCGGCCCGUGCGCUUGGACAUUUGCCGGGAGGGCUCGGGGGCAGGCUUCACAGACCGGCUUCGGGGGUCGGUGAGGCCAAGUCUGUACGCGGAGGCUCGACCAAGCCAGACUGACACCCGCGAAGGCAGGAGACGGGAAGGGAGCGCGGGACGUGAGGCUUUCGGGUUCACCAUCCGCUCUCCUACACGGUAUGUGGAACUGAAGCUCAGGAGCCUUAAGCUGCAUGGCCAUCAAGAGGUGGAGCUUGGGUUUAAACCUAGAUAGAUCUGACUCCAAAGCCUGCCAACUUUUCUGCUACACCAUCAGUCUGACUGGAAUGAAGUCAUCGCAUGGGGAGCUGAUUUGGAACACAAGGCAGGGUAAAGAAGUCAGACCAAAUAGCAGAAAGGUAUUGCAGCAAGAUGGAUUUGGGAAAGGACCAAUCUUAUUUGAAGCUCCAUCAGACACCUGAUCCUCAUCAAGAAAAGAAACAUGUUCCAGAAGUCAUUGGAACUUGGAAUUUGAGAAACAGAGAGCAACUCAGAAAAAGAAAAGCUGAAGCACAAGAAAAGCAGACUUCACAAUGGCAAUUUGGGGAGAAAAAACAAAAGUGGCAGAGAACAGGAAAAGGAUAUCAAAGAGGCCGAAAGAGACAACAAAAUACAGAACUGAAGAUGGAGCCUCAGUCACAAUUAGAAAAAGAAAUGAUGGAAAAAGCACUGGCACCUACAGAGAAAGAAACUGAAUUACCUAGUAAUGGAACCGAAGUUCUCCCUCCAGUAGCCUCCCCCAAAAGAGUUGUACCUGAGAAACAUUUUCCUGCAAUAGCUCCAGAAAGCAUUGUACAUCAGGAAAAUUCUUCUAAGUACCAAGAAACAACCGAACAAAACCACCCCUCUGAAAUAGGCCCAGGUAUGGCUAAACCCGAAGACCACUCUCCUAAAAUGUGCCAAGAAAUAGUUGUACUUCAAGACCAUUCUUUCAAAAUGUGCUGUGAUAUUGCUGAACCUGAAGACCUCUCUCCUAAAAUGUGCCAAGAAACAACUGUAGACAAAGCCCUUCCUUCUAAAACAUCUGAAGACAUAGCCAACCUGGAAGGAUGUUCUCUUGAACCGUACCCCAAACCAGAUGUGCCUAAAGGCUAUGCUCUUGAAAUAUACCAAAAAAGAGCUGAGCCCAAGGAAUAUGAUUCUGAACCAGGUCAAGGAAUAGCUGAGACCAAAAAUUUCCAUCCUAAAACACAACAAAUAGCUGUGCCUAACGACCUUUCUACAAAAAUAUACCAAGAAAUAGUUGAACCUGAACACUUUUCUCAUAAAGUACAUAAAGAAAUUGCUGGGCCUAAAACUCUCUCUCAUAAAACAAUCCAAGAAACAUCUGCUCCUGAAGAAUAUCCACCUGAGAUAUACCAAGAAACACCUGGGUCUGAAGAAUAUUCACCUGAAAGAUACCAAGAAACACCUGGUCUUGAAAUCUGUGUACCUGAAAUAUACCAAGAAACAUCUGGGCCUGAAGACCUCUCUACUAAGGCAUAUAAAAAUAAGAAUAUCCCUAAAGAAUGCUUUUUAGAACCCUACCAAGAAACAGGCGGGCCCCAAGGCCAGGAUCCUAAAGCACAGCAGGAAGAUGCUAAGGAUAUUCAUACUUUCCCUCGAGAAACGAAAGAAAAACCCAACACACAAGAACCGGAGAUACCAGCAACUCCAAGCAUUCCUCAAGAGAUUCACCCAGAAAAUGACGUCUAUAGUUAUGUUUUGUUUUAACAAUGCUCAACCAUCAGAGUUGUUCAACAAAAUACACAUCAUAAUAUAUUAUAUGUGUGAUUUUCUCAAAAUAGUGUAGGAAUCUCUACAAUAUUCAUUAAUAUUUUACUAGCAUUUUUUUCCAUGUAUAGACCAUAUCUAAAAGAGAGAACUAAUGUGUUUUUUCAGGCUCUACUACGUAGAAAAUAUCCUGCUAGUGUGUGUGUGCAUGUGUGUAUGUUAUGUAUAUGUAUAUUGGGGUGAAUAUUGUGGUGGGAAGAGACAAAAAUGGGAAAGAGAAGACUGAAUAAUUUUUCCCACUAAGAAUAAACAUUUCUUUGAUUAAUUAUUAAGAGAAAAGUUAAUAAGUCUGAACACUUAAAAUUUGGGGGAGUAUAUAGUUUUCUUGUAAACUUUGUUCAAUUAUUAAUGUAAUAAUAGCAUCAACAUUUUAUUAAGGCUUUAAUUAGCCUUUUAAGUUAAUUUUAACAGUCCUUAUUGUUCUAGGACUCCUUCAAAGAGUUUUUGGAGUGCUAAAUGAAGUUUACUUAGUAUUUGAGUUUUGAUUUUCUAUUUUUACUUUUUAAAUAUUGUAUUUGUGCAGAAUGUACAUUAAAACAUUGUUACAUGCUUAA